GCACUAUCAGGGGUGGUUCUGAAUGGAGCAGAGUACAUCUGCAGGUGCCUGGUGGGCCUUAAAACACAUGAGGGUAGUGGAGAUUGGAUGGGAGAAGCAGCCACAGGAGGGAGACACAGAGCUAAGAGCGCUCUCUGUUUCUGUGAGACCAUACCUCCCUGAACAUGAGAAUGAUGAGUUCAUAAGCGUCAAGCUCAAUGCUGUGCGUCAGGCUUUUGAAAUCAUCAUAGCAGAUCCAGAGCACAGGCGAUUUUUUAAGGAGACCGGGUUCACUCUACUUAGCGGCCUACUGGCUUUAGCUGGGAAGAGAAAUGUAGGCUUUGGUCUGAUGUGGGAGCAGCUUAUGACAUUUCUGGAAAACUCAUCCAACUGGCGAACCAUCGCUGAGGAGUGCCAAGAGGCAGGAAUGCAGUGGGCAUGUUUUUAUGACAUAUUUUAUGAGUCUAUUGUGUUGAAGCUGCUGGAAUGCAAGGAGCACAUUCCAGCCACCCUGAAGCAAACUCUGCACAUUCCCUGGAUUUCAGCAAGCAUGAAGAAAACCACUGUGAUGUUCUAUGCUUGGUCUCAGAUAAAGAAAAAACGGCUAUGCAUGACGAGAGAUCAUGGACUGUACCACCAUCUGUAUGAGGUGUUUGACUAUGUGGAUCCUGAGAUCAUGUGGGCAGCGUUUGGACUUCAGAGUGAGGCUAAAGAUUACUACUUUCUUCUCAGGAGUCAGGUACUGGCAUUUAUUAGACACAUCUUCAGUCUGCGAAGAAGCUGGUAUGACUCCCCUGCCAGGCUGACAUCACCCAUCUAUUCAGCAUGGCAGGAUCUGGUGUGGAAGCUGCAGUGCUACUUGGAAGAAAACAUUGGUUGA